AUGAACGCUAAGAUACGGGGAUUGCUAGCAUUUGCUAAGACACGUGUAGGAAGACCGGCAUUUAAAGCCUUCUUGAUCGCGUACCUCUAUGUAACAGUUCCAAGAGUAUUGGGGUUGGUAUUAAAAGGCAUGAAGAGAAAGAAGUACAAGGAGAUGGCAGAACGAGUUCUACAAGCACUUAUCAAGGCAUGUGAUCCCCGGAAAUUCCCCAUGUUUUCUGCUUAUCUUAUAGCUGGGAUUAAUGCUCUUGAGAUCCCAAUGUAUCGUAUGGUUAAGAGUUAUUUGCCCCUUAAGAGACCCAUUAGAAGGCUUUUUUUGGCAACAUUUCUUGCAUCCUUUAUCACAUCAAUGGUGGCAUUCCCUUCUUAUCAAUUGCACGUGACUGAGAAGAGUAGAUACUAUUCCUUGGAUUUAACUCUUUUAGUACUUAGUAGAGCCUUGGAUACAGUGCUUUCAUCUUAUUUCAAUAAGAUUCUUCCAGCUAGCAUAAGGUCGUUCGGAGAUCCAGCGUUAUUUAUUGGGUCAUGCUCAUUAAUAAUGUUCGCAUGGUUUUAUAAUCCUGACGCCCUUCCUCCUGCUUAUAGCUCAUGGAUCACAUCUGCUGCUAAUAUGGACCCAGAAAUGAAGAUUGCUCUUAGAUAUCUUAGAGAGGGGAAAUUAAAAUAUGGUGAAGAUUUGCCUGCUGGAGCAUUUCUUAAAGAGUAUGCUAUUAAAUAUGGGAGAGACCCUAAGCUAGGAGAUUUUCUGCAAACGCAACCAUUAGAUUGUGAAAUGGUUCAUUCCUUCAAGACAAAAAGUUGUGAAUUGAAUGCUUUAUGGAGAUUUGUAAGAGGAUUCGAGUUCGCAUUCAAGAUAUAUGGACCAAUUAAAUUCAUUGGUUUAUUCUUCCCCAGUAAGAAUAAGCUCAAAUUCCGAUUGAUUCGUGCUCUUAUAUCAGCUAUAAGGUCUUCAUGCUUCCUUGGAUCAUUUAUUGGAUUAUUCUGGUAUGCUGUCUGUCUUGUACGUACAAGAUUAGGACCCAAACUAUUUCCAAGAAUUCCCAGAACUCGUUAUGAUACUACUCUUUGCACAUUAGGUGGUUGUGUUGCUUGUGGAUUCAGUAGUUUUGUUGAGACUAAGUCAAGAAGGAAGGAACUUGCGUUAUUUGUGGCACCCAGAGCUUUGGGAACCAUUGUUCCAACUGAAAACUCCAAGUUUUACUUACAAAUAGAAGCCAUUGUGUUUGCUAUGAGUUUUUCAGUAUUAGUUGCUUAUUCCAAGUUUGCGCCUAAAAAGAUUAGAGGUAUUUUUGGACUUGGGUUCAAACAAAUAUUUAAUGCUGAUUACUAUAAAUAA